UUAUUUUUCAUUUUCUGCUGGCCUAAAAGAUAACUAUGUCGAUGAUAUAUAAAUUAAUAACACUUGCUAUUUUAAUCAGUGCCAGUUUGGCGUGUUUGAUCACCAAUUGUCCACGUGGUGGAAAGCGUGGAGAAAGUCCAUUGUUAUCAAUGCAUAGUUUUAUCAAAGAAUGUAUGAGCUGUGGACCUGGAGAUCAAGGCCAAUGUUUUGGACCCAAUAUUUGCUGUGGAUCAACAAUCGGAUGCUAUAUUGGAACCUCAGAGACUUAUAAAUGUCGAGGAGAAAAUUUAUACUCUCAUCCUUGUAUUGCUGGAUUUGCUAUGUGUCGAGAUAAUACUGCUCGAUGUGCUGCUAAUAAUAUCUGUUGUUCUCAAGAGAGUUGUCACAUAGAUUCUUCAUGUAAAAUCGGUGAUGAUCUGCAAUCAAUGGAGCAAAAAAACUAUUCUUAUUGAUAUGACGAUGAAUUUGAAGACCAAUAAUUGAUGAUAAAUCGGAACCAUUAAAAAAAGAUAAAAAUUUUGGUUAAAAAAUGUUUGCAUUUUAUUUGUUGUCAUUAUUUCUGUAAUCACUAA